CGAGCAGUGGUACGGUUUGCUAGAUUUAAGCUAUAUAUAUACACGUAGUACUCCAUAAGUCCAUAUAUCAUCCGCAAUAUAUAUAUGGGUUCAACGGCGGCCGGAGACGGGGUGGAGAGGUGGAGCAGGGAUAUGCCCCCAGCCCACUUCUUCUUCAAGAUACGAUCAUUCUCCCUACUCUCUGAAACUGGUGUUGACAAAAUUGAAUCUGGUGUUUUUGAGGCUUGCGAUAUAAAAUGGAGACUUUGUGUUGUUUAUCCAAAGGGGAAGUUGAGGGCAAAAGGUGAGGAUGAAGAGCAUAUCUCCCUCUACUUGCAAAUUGUCGAUAAUAAGUUUCCGGCAGGAUGGGAGGUGCACGCGAAGUUUAGCCUCUUUAAUUUGUUUAUGACCAUGUCAACGAUAAAUACUUGACCAUUCAAGAUGCUGGUGGAAAAACAAGGCGGUUCCAUUGCAUGAAAACGGAAUAUGGUUUUGAUAAGUUGUUUCCCUUGUCUACUUUCAAUGAUCCCUCUAACGGAUAUCUGGUCAAUGACACGUGUGCUUUUGGAGCUGAGAUUCUCUCCCUUUCAAGUGCUACAAAACAUGAAUGCUAUUCUUUGGUGAAGGCACCAAUUAAGAAUGGAACUUACACAUGGACAAUCAAAAGCUUCCUCACAUUAAAAAAGCGUGAGACUUACACUCGCUCUAAUGAGUUCAUCGUCGAAGGAAGCAAAUGGAAAUUGUUAGUGUAUCCAAGUGGAGAUUCAAGAGCAAAUGGCCAAUAUUUGUCCCUUUUUCUAGAGUUGCUUGAUGUUGAAGGCCUUAUCGCACAUGGUAGAAAAAUAUAUGCCAAAUUUAUUUUGCGAAUUUGUAAUCAUUUGGUCAUCCUCAAACAUAAAGAAAUAGAAGGUUUGACUCUUGAAUUGGUUUUAGCUUGUCAAAUUAAUACUCCGUAUUGUUUUCCUCUUACAAUGAUUUACCUUAUUAUUUACUUUGCCAUGUUCCUAAAUCGUGCAGUGGCUAAAUUCUUUGGUGAUGAAGCUGGCAGCUGGGGCCAUCCCAAAUUUAUGAAACUUAGCGUAUUGGAAAGUUCGUCGAAUGGGUUCCUUGUUAAAGAUUCACUCAUUGUUGAAGUUGAAUUCAAGCUCAUAUCUAAAUAUUCAUAGAUUAUAUGCAUUGAAGGCGUGACGUAGAAGUGAAUAAACGUUUUGAUUUAUUACCAUUUAUUUCAAUUUUUCUAAAAAUGUUUUCAAAUAGUUAAAUUCAUUUAACUUUUAAAUAACA